ACUCAGUCAAUUGUUUUGUUUCGUUCGCUUUUCAUUGUGAAUCAGUCAGUCUUCGUUGGUUUACGUGUCGUACUUAUCCAUUAUUUUUUCUUUUUUGUUUAUCUGUGGUUGCAUCAUUGUGCUUAUCUACUGGAGGGAACCUUACCGGCUGAACAUUGGUUUGCUGUUUCGUGGUGCUUAUCACGAACCUUUUAUUGUAUUGCUAUUAGAAUGGAAGAAGAUAUUCUUCCGUCCACGUCUCGAAAUCUCCGCCCAGGAUUACCACCUGAGUGGGCUAAUCAAGGGGCACGUCCGAAGAGCGGUACAAGAAGACAUCAAUACCAGACAAAUAGACCAAAUGGAAAAAAUGCGGUAAACAAUUUUAGUAGCCCUCGGACUCAGCAAAAUAGGCAAAAUGGCCCCGAGUUUGGUGUCCAAGAGAGAUUACGGCAAGCCCAGGCCCAGGGUAAAGGCAUCCUAGAGCCCACUCUGGCUGGCUACAGAGUAACAGGUUAUGCGAACAAACCAUCUCAUGGUCAACAACGAGAGGGGAUUAACAGAAAGUUUAAUGAUAGAACUCGUCGUCUCCCGCAGUUCGCAACUUUGCAAGAUUUGGCUAACUGCGACGAUAAGGACAUUCUUGGGAAAAUAAGCGAAAAACAAUUAUUUUUUUUCAACCUAUUUAAAUCGCCUAUAGUCCUUAACAAGCCGGAUAUAUUCAUACUGAUUUUUAAAAUAUUAGCUAAAGUUUGCCGAUCUUCCUAUGACGAUUUGAAGUUAAAACUUCUUAUUAACGUAUGCAAUGAAUCGUUUGUUGUGCAUUUACGUAAUUACUUGUCAGACUUGCCUGAUGGCGUAAAAUCAAGAAACAGUCUAUAUUGGAAUAACCAAAAUGAGUUCUGGCAAAAUUUUAUCACGUUUUGCACUACUAUAAUAAACUUGUCUCCAUCAAUAGCUUUAAAAAUGUACCGACCUUUGAUCUAUAAAACUUCAAACAAAUGUUUAGAGGAGUUGAAUGAACAAAAUGCAUUCAAAUUAUCAGCUGAGGAUACACUAAAAUUAAUUGAAUUACAAGAAAGGUUGACCCAAUAUGAAAAUCAAAAUGAGAAUAACAAAACGCAAGCGAUCCGGAUUGUCGAUGAAGCAGUGGGCGAGCCUCCGGAACAAUUCCGCGAGUUACCGAUCAUACCCGAUCAUCACUACCUGAUGCGGCGACCCUACUUGCGCCCAAACAUCGUAGAGGGCCAAUACCAAGAUGUGGAACAUUAUUUAGAUGUACAAUUUCGCUUAUUACAAGAAGAUUGCUACGGUCCUCUCCGUAAAGGAAUAUUACAAUAUUUGGAAGAUCCUGGACGGGGAAAGUUUGAUAACAUACGAGUAUACAAAAAUAUAAAAUUCCGAGGGCCAUAUGUUUCAGAAUCUAAAGUAGGUAUUAUUGUAGCGGUAGAUAACAGGUCCAACAAACGGUUUUUCAAAAUUAACUGGGCCACUAGCAAGCGGCUUUUGUAUGGAUCCCUGCUCGUCCUAUCUAAAGAUAAUUUCAAAAGAUUUAUAGUUGCGACAGUACUGGACCGGGAAGAAAAACUGUUGCAGCGUGGUUUGCUUCCUAUCUGCAUCGUCAACAAUGAUUACGAUGGUGAUUUAAGCAUUGCUGAAUCAUACACUUUGAUAGAGAGUGAAGUAUACUUUGAACCUUACUACCAUGUCUUAAAGGUAUUACAAAGUCAAAGAUUCCCUCAACACUUAGCCAUGCAGGACUAUAUAGUAAAAGCGCAACCUUUGACAAACCCUCCACAAUAUUUGACAGACAAUACGCAGUACACAAUAACAGUGAAGGACUAUAUGAAAAAUGUUACUAAUAUAUUAAAAUUUAAUGUGUUAAAAGAGGAGACUUGGCCGUCCGCAGAUGAGCUGUGUUUAAAUGAAAGUCAGUAUCGAGCGUACAAGUUAGCUCUGACUCACGAGUUCACCGUAAUCCAGGGGCCACCAGGCACUGGGAAAACAUAUAUCGGUACAAAAAUAGCACAAACGUUAUUACAAAGUUCACGACAUUCAAUGUUGGUUGUAUGCUAUACGAAUCAUGCUCUCGACCAAUUCCUAGAAACCAUUUUAUCAUUCACUAAGUCCAUCGCCCGUGUCGGCAGUCGUUCUAAAAACAAAGCAAUGGAAGAUAUAUCUUUACAAAAAUGGCGAAGAGAAAUUCGUCGCCUUCCAAGUUAUUCAUUGUACCAAAAUGAAAAAGAUAAUUUUAAAAGAAUUGUAAAUGCGAUGAAACGAUUACAAGAAUAUAUCAAUUCGUUAGAUACUGGACUUCUCGAUUACUCCAGCAUUACACAAUUUGUCCCAGACAGCAAAAUUUUGGCAAAAGUUUAUGACAAUUGUCAGAGCGAUAUUAUUACCGAAUGGUUAUUUGAGCGUAUGCCUAGAGCUAACUUUGUGAUGGUUGAGGAAGAGCCCAACAGUGCAUAUGGUGAUGUGGAUAACACUGAGAGGGCUCGUGUGCAGUUGGAGGACGAUUUAGAAGAUGAUGCAGACUUUGAGCUUGAUGAUGAAAUUUCUUUACAAAUGUCGUUUAAAUUAGAAAAUGCUCAUAGCCAAUUAAAGAGUUUGAUAGCCAAAUGCAGGAACAAUCCAAAACCAGAAAAUACCAUAAAAUGGCAAAUGGAAUUAGAAAUUUUGAAUUCAAAGAUACAAUUUUUCAAAGCCAUGAAGAACUUAUACACUGAUGAUGGGAGAGAAUACAUCCUCAGGGGGAAAAAUGUUGCUCGCAUGAAGAACGAAGAGCGCUGGGCCACUUAUUUCUCAUGGACCAAAGUUAUACAGAACCAUAUACAAAACAAGUUUAACCAAUUAUACCUACAGUAUGAGACAAACAACAAAUCGUACGAAGAUGCUCGCAUGAAUUGGGAUCGCGAAGUACUGGAACAUGUCCGAGUCAUCGGAAUGACGACCACGGGAGCGGCGCGCUUGCAGAAAACUAUACAGGAACUGAAGCCGGCCAUCGUGAUCGUGGAGGAAGCAGCCGAGGUACUCGAGCAACAUAUUAUUUCCUCUUUAACUUCUAACUGCAAACACCUUAUCCUCAUCGGUGAUCAUCAACAGUUACGGCCUUCGGCAGCCUACAUGAAGCUGGCUAGAGACUACAACAUCGAAGUCUCGCUGUUCGAAAGGAUGAUUCGUAACAAAGUAGCCAACCAGCGUUUAAACGUGCAACAUAGGAUGCGGCCGGAGAUUGCGUCGUUGAUCGUGCCGCACAUCUACCAGGACCUGGUCAACCAUCCGCAUGUGCAGAACAAGCCGCAUGUGCGAGGUGUAUUACGUAAUGUUUUCUUUCUUUCGCACAACUUUUUCGAGCAGGAGGCAGACGAAGGCUCAAGCCGAACGAAUGAGAAUGAAGCAGACAUAGCUUUGGGGUUAGCGAAUUAUUUGAUUCAACAAGAUUACACCCCCGAAGAUAUCACUAUAUUAACAGCAUAUUCUGGCCAAAUGUUUUAUAUGAGAAAGCAAAGAAAAUUAUACAGACAUUUGUCCAAUGUAAAAAUAACAGUUGUGGAUAACUAUCAAGGAGAAGAAUCCAAAAUAAUUAUACUAUCGUUGGUAAGGAAUAACUUGGAAAAUAAAAUUGGGUUUUUGUCAACUGAAAAUCGGGUAUGCGUCGCAUUAUCGAGAGCUAAAGAAGGAUUUUUUAUACUUGGAAAUAUGGACAUUCUUAGAAAAAACUCUGAAUUAUGGGAAAAAAUUGCUAUCACUUUGGAAAAUAUGGAAUCACUGGGGACCAGUAUGAAAUUAAAAUGUGAAAUUCACCCAACACAAAUAACAACGAUCGAAACUGUCAAAGAUUUCGACAAUGUGCCAGAAGGGGGAUGCCUCCUGAAAUGCGGCUAUGUCUUGGAUUGCAAGCAUUUGUGUCCCCAAUUGUGCCAUACGUAUGAUCGAGCACAUGCUUCUAUUGCUUGUACCGAAAAAUGUGAGAGAAUAUUAUGCGAGCGGAAUCAUGUCUGUCCCAAAAUGUGCAAAAUAAAAUGUGAUCCAUGCAUGGUACCCAUAGAAAAGAGGUUACCUUGUGACCACGAUAUGUAUUUGCCGUGUCACCAAAAACCGGACGAUAAAGAAAAGGUCAAGUGUUUAUUCAACGUGGAUGUGACUUUACCUCACUGUGGGCACCGGAUGAGAAAGCAAUGUUAUAAGGAUGUACGGGAAGUAAAAUGCAUAUUCAAAUGCGAGUUCCGUGUACAAACAUGCGGGCACGUGUGCAUGCUGAUGUGUCACGUCACUGACGACCCCGACCAUGAAAAGUAUCUUUGUGGAAAACCUUGCGCCAAGGCCAAGAAGAAUUGCACCGCUGAUUUACUAGGAGACCGCGGACAACACCAAUGUCCCAAAAUGUGUUAUGAAACUUGCGACAACUGCACCGUCGAGGUAAAGAAAAAGAGAUCGUCUUGCAAGCAUUCGGAAGUGGUGGCUUGCCAUGAGAACGUUGACGACAAGCCGUGUCUUAAGAAGUGCGCCAGAAACCUGCCCUGCGGUCACUUCUGCCUUAAGAAAUGUUUCGAACUCUGCGGCGAUUGCUCCAUUAAGGUUACGAAACCCAUUCCCGAGUGCAAACACGAAGUGAAGAUAGAAUGUGGCAGAUCGCCUCAGCGAGAAGAUUGCACGGCGGCGUGCGAGCGCACGCUGCCGUGCGGCCACGUGUGCGCCGCGCGCUGCGCCGAGCCGUGCGCCGCCAGCGCCUGCGCGGCCUCGUCCGACAUCGCUGUCCCGGCGCCCUGCGGCCAUCGGGUCGCCUUGCCGUGCAAUAUCGCGUCGCAGUGGUCACGCUUACCCACAGAAGAUCGGAACAAAGUGCUUCUAAAGCAUUGCGCGGCACCUUGUAAUCAGACUCUGAAAUGUGAUCACGUGUGCAGCGGCACUUGCUCCCAGUGCUUUCAAGGUCGUAUCCAUAUGCCUUGUACACAGACCUGCCAGAAGAUCAACAUCUGCGGUCACAGUUGCGAAGAGCCUUGCAACCAGAUCUGUCCUCCGUGCAAGAAGCCCUGUGAAUUGAGCUGCGACCAUUCCAAGUGCAACCGGGUGUGCGGGUCACCGUGCACGCCGUGCCAGGAAAAGUGUACGCGGGCGUGUGAGCACGGGGCGUGCGUGAACCGCUGCGGGGAGGCGUGCAGCCGCCGCGCGUGCGACCGCCCGUGCGGGCGCGCGCUGCGCUGCGGUCACCCCUGCCGCGGCCUCUGCGGGGAGCUGUGCCCCGACGUCUGCCGCCUCUGCCGCCCCGACACCUUCCCCAAGGACUUCCUCGGCUAUGACUUCGAUGAAGACGCCAGGUUCAUACAGCUACAAGAUUGCCCCCACAUUUUAGAAGUUGACGACAUGGAUUGUCUUAUGACUGGCGACACAGCAACAAUUUCGGUUCGGGCGUGCCCAUUUUGCCGCAAAAGCAUUAUCAGCACACGUCGCUACAAAGACUUGAUAAAUCAUCAAUUUAAUACAGACAUCAAUCUUAUAAAGCGAAAAAUCUUUGGCGACCAAAAUAUGAUAAAUAACUUAAAGAAGGAAUGUGAAGAAGCUAUACUAAAACUUCCAGAAAACAUUAUAAAAGAAAACAAGAUUUAUCGCAUGGCCAGGAAUGUUGGUAUACCCUAUAAGCGAAAUCCUUCAUUGUUAGACCUGGAGAUGAAAUUAAUAUAUUUUAAAAUUUUGGACAUAAUUGGAGAAUAUUACUCAACCUAUAUUAAUGAAAACUUGACCGCUUUCGAGCCUGAGAUUUUAGAACAUGUUAAAUUUAUUUGUCAGUCACUUAUUAAUAACUCUAACAAAUUAAGCGAACAACUUCAAUCUGACAUAAACAACGAGUUAAUGCGCAUGUCCUCAUUGAUUCAGCUUGGACAAGUUGUGAAUCACCAGACUUAUGUGCUGUGCAAUAAAGAACUCGGAGUAGUAACUGCGUUGAAUGCGGCAAAGAAAGUAAUACUCAGUUGGUAUGUAUUUGAUAGUAAAUUAGCCGCGCAGUUGAUAGAGAACCUACAAGAUACAUUAAAACAAUCAAGCAAAGUGGUUACUCAAAAGGAAAGAGCGAUGAUUGUGAAAGCCAUGGACAUGACAGCAGGUCACUGGUUCAAAUGUCCAAACGGUCAUAUAUACUGCAUAGGAGAGUGUGGUGGUGCGAUGCAAGUCAGUAAAUGUAACGAAUGCGGUGCGCCUGUGGGAGGAACACAUCAUCAACUGCUGUCCAGCAACAGUCACGCUGGCGAGAUGGAUGGAUCUCAAUAUCCCGCAUGGUCUGAACAAAACAAUAUGGCUAAUUACCAAGUCAAUUUUUAAAAUAUUCAUUAUUCAUAUAAUUUUUUUUAUUCAUUUAGUAUUAUUACAAGAUCCUAAUUAUUAAAUUUUUGACAAGUAAUAAAUGAGUGUAUACUUACUAAAGUAUAGUGUUUUUUGCCCAUAUUAAAAAAGUUAUCUGACUA